AUGGUCAAAGAAACGAAGCUGUACGACCUACUCGGCGUCAGCACCGAUGCCUCUCAGGACGCGAUCAAGAAAGGCUACCGGAAAUGCGCGCUGAAGUGGCACCCCGACAAAAACAAGGACAACCCCGACGCCGCCGAGAAGUUCAAGGAAUGCUCACAAGCCUACGAGAUCCUCUCCGAUCCCGAGAAGCGCAAGAUUUACGAUCAGUUCGGCCUUGAAUUCCUCCUUCGAGGCGGCGCCCCACCACCAGAGGGCGGUGCGGGCGCUGCAGGCGGCAAUCCCUUCGCCGGCGCAGGUGGCAUGCCAGGCGGCUUUAGUGGCUUCGACUUUGGCAACAUGGGUGGCGGUCCUGGAGGAGCUCGAACCUUUCACUUCAGCACCGGCGGCGGCGGUCCCAGCGGCUUCAACCCCUCGAAUCCACAGUCCAUCUUCGAGACAUUUAUGCGCUCGGGCGGCGCGGGCAUGGGCGGGGACGAUGAUGACGACAUGGCCGACCUUUUUGCCCAGUUUGGCGGCGGCGCCGGCGGUGGAGGCCGGCCUCGCACGCGUGUGAGGACUGGCUUCGGCGAUCCUGCGGGCCGCAGCGCGCGGCAGCACACACCUGAGGUGACGACGGUCGAGCGCCCGCUGCCUGUGUCGCUGGAGGACAUGUUCCAAGGGGCUCAGAAGAAGAUGAAAAUCAAAUGCAAGCUGUUUGACGAGAACGGCAAGCGCACGACGACGGAGAAAGUGCUGGACGUGCCCAUCAAGGCAGGCCUGAAGAAGGGCAGUAAGAUCCGCUUCAAGGGCGUGGGCGACCAGGAGGAGGGAGGACAGCAGGAUUUGUGCUUCGUUGUCGAGGAGAAACCCCACAUCCUCUACACCCGCGACGGCGAUGAUCUGAGCAUGACUGUCGACCUCGACCUCAAGGAGGCUCUGACUGGCUGGAAGCGCACGGUCAGCACCAUCGACGGCAAGCAGAUCGCCCUCGAGAAGGCCGGCCCUACGCAGCCCGGCUCGCAAGACGUCUACCCUAACCAAGGCAUGCCCAUUUCGAAGAAGCCUGGCCAGCGGGGUAAUUUCAUCAUCAAGUACAACGUCAAGUUCCCCACAUCUCUGACGGCACAGCAGAAGCAGCAGCUCAAAGAGAUUCUGUAA